GUCAGCAACUUUGCUUCAAAGCAAAAGCUCUCUCUCUCUGUUUUCUUCGCUAAUUCAACAAAGUGAGAUUUUUACAUACCAGAUGAUCCAGUUCUUCCUUACAGUUACAAAAAAUGGGUCUUCUCAACUCAGCUUCGGUUGUUGUUUGUGUUCUUGUUUGUCAACUAUUUGCCUUGAAUUUGGGUGAUCUUGUAAGCACUGUCUCAGAGAAGUACAUAUCAGCAAUAGGUGACCCAGGAAUGAAGAACCCAAAUGUGAGAGUUGCAUUGGAAGCUUGGAACUUCUGCAAUGAAGUUGGAAUGGAAGCACCCAACAUGGGCAGCCCCAGGCUGGCCGAUUGUGCUGAUAUUGAUUGCUCUCUUACUGAUCAUUUGGAUAGGACCUCCCUAGGUAUGGAAAUUAAGUGUGUGAUUCAUCACAGAGUAAAUGAAUUAGACAACAACUUACGGGCAGGUGAUAAUUUUCCUGUAAGGGAUUUUCAGCCAUACACAGACCCUGACUUUUAUGCAAAGGAAAAGGAACUGUAUCUUGCUUCUCUAUGUGAGGUUCAGAAUUCAUCAGAUCCAUGGCAAUUUUGGAUGGUCAUGCUUAAGAACGGAAAUUUUGACAAAAACACUACUCUUUGUCCUGAAAAUGGCAAGCCGGUAAGCAGAAUUGUUACGGAUAGGAAUUUUCCAUGUUUUGGUCAAGGUUGUAUGAAUCAGCCACUUGUCUACCAUAACUACUCAAGAUUGGUUUCUUAUGGUGACCGAGCAGUGUCUUUAAUUGGAGGAUUUUAUGGAACUUAUGAUCUUGAUGCUGAUUUGAGCAAAGGUAUAGGGAAGAACUCCUACUUUUCAGUCUCAUGGCAGAAAAACUUGGGCACAGGAAGUUGGAUUUUCUCGCAUAGAUUGACAACAUCUUCAAAGUACCCUUGGCUUAUGUUGUAUCUUCGUGCAGAUGCAACAAAAGGACUUAAUGGUGGUUAUCACUAUGAUGGUCGUGGCAUCAUGAGAAAGCUGCCAGUUUCUCCACAUUUUAAAGUAAGAUUGACACUAGAUGUUAAACGUGGAGGAGGCUCCAACAGUCAAUUUUAUCUCCUUGACAUAGGAAGCUGUUGGAAGAACAAUGGAAAACCAUGUGAUGGUAAUGUUCUGACAGAUGUGACUAGAUACAGUGAAAUGAUAAUAAAUCCAGAAACUACAAGCUGGUGUCGGCCGGAUAACCUUGUUUCCUGCCCUCCUUACCAUGUUACUCGUACUGGUGAUAUAAUAUAUCGAAACGAAACAUCUCGGUUUCCAUAUUCUGCUUAUCAUCUCUACUGCACACCUGGAAAUGCUGAAUUUCUGGAGAAACCAUAUGACAUAUGUGACCCAUAUAGCAAUCCACAAGCACAAGAACUGGUACAAAUUCUUCCACAUCCUGAAUGGGCUGUACAUGGCUAUCCUGCUAAACAAGGAGAUGGAUGGGUUGGAGACCCCAGGACAUGGGAGCUUGAUGUGGGGGCCCUCUCUAGCCAAUUGUAUUUCUACCAGGACCCAGGAACAAAACCAGCACGGAGGGUAUGGUCUUCGAUUAAUGUUGGUACAGAAAUAUAUGUCAGUAGCCCAGGAGAGACUGCGGAAUGGACUGUAAGUGAUUUUGAUGUACUCGUUCCUGAAGGUGUUGAAGAUGGUUCUAGCUCUUAUUGAAAUCUCUCCAUUAUGAUCACACUUUUCCUCUCUUUUUCAUUUAUAGUUGAAAUAAGGAUUCCAUUACUUAAUCAUGUAAAUAGAUGUCGAAGUAUUUGUACAUUA